CAACACCCCUCGGUAACAAUCUCGUUUUCUUAAAUCCAACCAUCCUCCCUCCCGCGUAGAGGAGAAAAAUGUCUCGUGAAGAGCCUGAACCUAAAAAUGUUGUAGCUAUAGGUCGUGAGCCUGAAGAGGGAUUAUUAUGCGGCUCAAUGGGGGUAGUGAGUGGAGAUCCUAUAACACGUCGCUGCAAAGACCUCAGGCUGCCCACUUGUGAAAUCAAGAAGGCUGGGAUUGGAGGCCCCCUUGUUAAUUUUGCGGAUGGAAAUUUUGUUGGCAUGAACUUCUAUGAUGGAAGAACUGACCAUACUCCUUUCCUGCCAAGGAGGUAUAUUUUGAAAGUUUUACAGAAAUUGGAGCUCCCUUCAUCAGGAAGUGACAGAGACCAAGGUGUCCAGAGAUUGGAUUCCUCGGAUGAUGGGACGAACUACGAUGACAGAUGGCAAGAUGGUACCAUAGUUUACUUGGAAGUGGAUAGGGGCCUGAUUCUGUAUUCAAGUUAAGUGGAAGGCAAUGCCCUGCAGUCCUCAUCGUUGUGGCUUCAGUUCAAGUGCUCCCUCUACUCAGC